AUGUCUGCCCAAUUCGCUCAAGUGAUCCCCCGACAGGUCGGCGAGAACCUGGAGGAAGCACCACAGUACACCGGAUCACCCCGGCAGCUGUUCGUAUACGACAUCAAGCUUUUCUUUCGCAAUAUUCUAUAUUUACCUCUAAUGUUCUUUCCCUUGGCGCCUUGGCCGUCUGGACCUCUCGAUGAGCAGUACCCGUCUCUCAAGAACAUCUUCGAUAUCUCGCUUCACUUGAUUCUCUUUGUCGUUCAACUUGCUUUCUUGAUCUCAUUGCCUAUCUUGAUUUACCUGCCUGUUUCUCUUUUUGUUUCAUACAUCGUGGGAGUUCUUUUCUUGAACUACCUGGUAUGUCAACUUCUCAAUCGAGGUAUACCAGAGGACGGACUCAAAUCCACCGAGGACGAAUAUACCCAAGAGUGGGAACGCCAUGACGAUGAGCGUUGGAUAUUCCUGAACGGGAUCUGCGUCGGAAAAAAUUGGCUCCAAAACAACAUCGACCGCCUCUCCCGCACUUUCCACCGACCCAUCGUCGGAGUCCACAACAAAACCUCCGGAGUGAUCUUCGACAUAAUCCAAUGCCUAAUCCAACGCUCCCUCCUCUUCGCAACACCCGACGUACGCGAAUGCUACAUCCUCGUGAAAAAAGCCCUCUACCAACCCGGCGUGAAAAGAGUCAUUCUAAUCCUCCAUUCCCAAGGCGGAAUAGAAGGCGGAAUGAUAGUCGACUGGCUCCUAAACGAAGUCCCCCAAGACCUCCUCCAAUACCUGGAGAUCUACACCUUUGGCAUAAUCGCAAACCACUUCAACAAUCCCUACCGCGAUGUCUUCCACAGCAAAGGUGCUAUGCAGAAUGGGGAACACAGGAGAAGACAUAACCGCGCUAUCUCCCAUAUCGAACAUUACGCUAAUAGUGAUGAUUUUGCCAGUCGGUUUGGUGUUCUCCAUUUCACGAAAUUGGCGGCUGUACAUCCGCUCAAGAAUAGGUUUAUGGGGAAGGUUUUUAUUAAUCCCAGAUCAGGGCAUCAGCUUAAUCAACAUUAUCUUGAUAGUAUGUUUCCGCUUGAUGAGACGAGGAGGUUUGCGAGGGAGCCUGAAGAGGGUGAUUUUAUGGAUUUGAAGGUUUUUAUAGAGGGGCAGAGUGUACGGGGUGAGCCUUUGAGGCAUUAUGAGAAUUAUAUGGUUUCUGCGAGGGGCAAAGGUGGACUGCGGAUCUCGACGGGUGAGAAGGGUGAUGAAGCGGAGGUCUCCAAUUUGAGUCCGGUGCUUCCGGAGGAGAGUAGAGGGUGGAAGGAUGAUGUGGGUUUUUCGCGGGCUCUGGCGCCUUGUCAGUUGAGGACAAGGGAUGUUAGUAGAUUGUGGCAGUAUCGGAAUGGUGGGCGUCCGAUGUAG